GUUCUACUUUCUCCGCCGCUUCUGCCUCCGACGACUCUUCUUACUCCUCUCCUCCGAUGAAAAAGGCUAAAAACGACCUCCACCAUUCCCCGCAACACCCUAACACCGCCGACAAGGUUGGCUUUCCUAUGGAGGAAGAUCCAACUCCCGCCGCCGCUAAUCUCUCUCGGAAGAAAGCUACACUACCGCAACCUACUAAGAAGCUUGUAAUCAAGCUCAAUAAAGCCAAACCAACCUUGCCAACAAAUUUUGAGGAGACUACAUGGGAGAAGUUGCAGUCAGCUAUCAGAGCUAUAUUCCUCAAAAAACCAUUUUCUUUUGACCUUGAGAGCCUUUACCAGGCUGUUGAUAACCUUUGCUUGCAUAAGUUGGAAGGAAAGCUUUAUGACCAGAUUGAGAAGGAGUGUGAAGAACACAUCUCUGCAGCUUUGCAAUCUUUAGUUGGGCAGAACACUGAUCUGACUGUUUUCUUGUCACUUGUUGAGAAAUGCUGGCAAGACUUUUGUGACCAGAUGCUCAUGAUCCGUAGUAUAGCCUUGACUCUCGAUAGGAAGUAUGUCAUACAAAAUCCAAAUGUACGUUCAUUAUGGGAGAUGGGUUUGCAGCUUUUCCGGAAGCAUCUUUCUCUGGCCCCUGAAGUUGAGCAGAGGACUGUUAAAGGUCUCUUAAGUAUGAUUGAAAAAGAAAGAUUAGCAGAAGCGGUUAAUAGGACUCUACUAAGCCAUCUUUUGAAGAUGUUUACUGCACUGGGAAUAUAUAUGGAUAGCUUUGAGAAACCUUUCCUUGAAGGGACUUCUGAAUUUUAUGCUGCUGAAGGAAUGAAAUACAUGCAGCAGUCUGACGUUCCGGAGUACCUGAAGCAUGUUGAGGGAAGGUUGCAUGAAGAGAAUGAAAGAUGCAUACUCUACAUAGAUGCAGUAACAAGGAAACCAUUGAUCGCAACUGUUGAAAGGCAGCUUCUCGAACGCCAUAUACUUGUUGUUCUUGAUAAGGGGUUUACAACAUUAAUGGAUGGACGUCGUACUGAGGACCUUCAGAGGAUGCAAACCCUGUUUUCUAGGGUCAAUGCGCUUGAGUCUCUGAGGCAGGCGCUAAGUUCAUAUGUUCGGAAAACUGGGCAGAAGAUUGUUAUGGAUGAAGAGAAAGAUAAAGAUAUGGUACAAUCACUAUUGGACUUCAAGGCUUCUCUUGACGUAAUAUGGGAAGAGAGCUUUAAUAAGAACGAAUCAUUUGGUAACACAAUCAAAGAUUCAUUUGAGCAUCUGAUUAAUCUUCGUCAGAACCGGCCAGCUGAGCUUAUUGCCAAGUUUUUGGACGAGAAGCUCCGUGCUGGGAAUAAGGGUACUUCUGAAGAAGAACUGGAGAGUACUCUUGAAAAAGUCUUGGUUUUGUUCAGAUUUAUCCAGGGUAAAGAUGUGUUCGAAGCAUUUUACAAAAAGGAUCUUGCGAAGAGACUCCUGUUGGGAAAGAGUGCUUCAAUUGAUGCCGAGAAAUCCAUGAUAUCUAAGCUUAAGACUGAGUGUGGUAGCCAGUUUACAAACAAGCUCGAAGGGAUGUUUAAGGAUAUUGAAUUGUCAAAGGAAAUCAAUGAGUCAUUCAAACAAUCUUCUCAGGCCAGAACCAAACUACCAUCGGGAAUUGAGAUGAGUGUCCACGUGUUAACAACAGGGUACUGGCCAACAUAUCCACCUAUGGAUGUUAAGCUUCCUCAUGAACUAAAUGUUUAUCAGGAUAUCUUCAAAGAGUUCUAUUUAAGCAAGUACAGUGGUAGGAGGUUAAUGUGGCAAAACUCAUUAGGCCACUGUGUUUUAAAGGCAGAUUUCUCCAGAGGUAAAAAGGAGCUGGCUGUUUCCCUGUUUCAGGCUGUUGUGUUGAUGUUAUUUAACGAUGCAAUGAAACUUAGCUUUGAAGACAUUAAAGAUUCCACCAGCAUAGAGGACAAAGAGCUGAGGAGGACGUUGCAGUCGCUUGCUUGUGGGAAAGUCCGUGUCCUGCAGAAGAAUCCAAAGGGAAGAGAUGUAGAAGAUGGUGAUGAAUUUGAAUUUAAUGACGACUUUGCAGCUCCGCUUUAUCGCAUUAAGGUAAAUGCAAUCCAGAUGAAAGAGACAGUGGAGGAGAACACAAGUACAACGGAAAGAGUAUUCCAGGACCGACAAUACCAGAUCGAUGCAGCCAUUGUUCGUAUUAUGAAGACAAGAAAAGUCUUAAGCCAUACUCUUCUAAUCACCGAGCUCUUCCAACAGCUGAAAUUCCCGAUAAAGCCUGCUGAUCUGAAGAAGAGGAUUGAAAGCUUGAUCGAUCGAGAAUAUUUGGAGAGGGAAAAAAGCAACCCUCAGAUAUACAAUUAUCUUGCUUAGAAUCUCUCUGGUAAACGCCUUUUCAAUAUUUUCCUCUGUGUAUAUUUAUUGACAAACAAACGUUGGCCGAAAUUUUCUUAUUCAGUUUGAAAAAAAGAACUCUCGAUAUUCCAAUCAUCUAUUCUCGUUUUUAUGUACAGUCUUAACUUGUGUUUCUUCUUCUUUGAUUCACUUUUCCUCUGUUCUCUGUUACUAUGAGCAUUCACUGGGUUGAUUUUGUUAGGUCUUUCUCUCUACUGUUUUCUACUUGAAACUUCUUAUUAUCUUUAUAGAACUUUAAAUAAUUGUUUUUUUUUUUCAAUCUUGCGAUAGAGUUCUUCAGAGAGGUUAUAAUAUGGAGUCUUAUUAUCUUCGAGAGUUUUUUUGUCUCUUUGAUUUCAUUGUGUUCGUUUUGAGUUUAUUUGAAUGGAGAAAUGGUUUUCGGAGCAUUUAUUUAUUCACGUUUUCAGGCAAAUAAAUCUCAAGUUGUAUU